AUGUAUAAGUUUAUAUACGAGGAUAUCAGUGAUGACGAGGAAAUGCUAUGCUUCGAUGAAAUGAAUUGUAUUUACAAUACCAUCAGUAAAAAUCACAUGGAUAAAGAAGUAAUAUGUAUUGAAAACGGUAAUGAUGAGGUAGAUUUAAGAAACGUCGAUGAUGAUGCAUUAUCUUCCGACAAGAAAAUGAAUUCUUUCAACGAAAGUAAUAUCUCAAAGUGCUUCACCACCAAGUGUGAAAAUAAUGGUGAUGAUGAGAUAGAUAUAAUAUCCUCCGACAGGAAAAGGAAAUUUAACGAAGACUCCGAAGAUGAUGACUGCAAAGAUGAUGACUCCGAAGAUGAUUACUCAGAAGAUGAUGACUCAGAAGAUGAUGACUCAAAAGAUGAUGACUCAGAAGAUGAUGACUCAAAAGAUGAUGACUCAGAAGAUGAUGAUAAUGAAAGCGAUGGUCCAAUAUUUUAUUAUGAAGAACAAGGAGCAUGCGACCGAUAUUAUGAAAAGAGGUUUAAUUCGAUGCAACGCAGUUAUAAAAAAUAUGGAGUAAAACGAUUGCGUUGGUGGUAA